AGCCUCUAUUCUUACUCUGUGAUCGUCACUGCAAUUUUCAGGGUUUUGUGAAUCAGAAUUCGGACGGCCAUCGACUCAAUCAACCGAUAACAGUUCGUUACGUUUUUAACUUGCACGAAGCGAGAAGAAAAAUGAAUAGAGUACUAUGGUCGUCCGAAUUCUGAAUCAGAAAAUCUUGAAAAUUGCAGUACCGAUCACAGAGGAAGAAGGCUUCGACAACCACGCGGUAUCCGAGACUUGAGGCAUGAACUGCAAUGUUGGUCAGUGAUGACAGCUGCAGCAGUGGGUACAGUCGAAAACGUCGUUGUCACAAAGUGGGUGCAGCGACGGUAUUUAAAUUUAAAACGUGACCUGAAACCUGAACAAAAUCCGUGCACCCGCUGCACCACUAUCACCGGAAGUGUGACUGACUGCUAUCGCCCUUACCGCAGCAGCAGCACGUGAGAUAAGUCAUACAUUUUAUCGUCAGUGACAAUUAUUUCUCGCAUGCGCCUGAAUUCGAUAAAAAUUUUCCGGUGAUAAAGUUGUAAAAAACAUUAUUUAAAAAAUACUGAGAAGUGCAGUUGUAACUACCAUUACUAAAAUUCUUAAAAUUAUGAUAAUUUUUAAUUAUUAUACAUAAUGGCAAAAUCGAGGCUUACGAAACUUCAGAUGAAUACGCUGGUGGAAUUGAUGUCUAAUGACCCAAAACUGAGUGCUGGAAAAUUUUCAGAAAAUUUCACAAGAAAAAUCGCUAAGGCAAGAUGGGAGGAAAUUGCCAUUGAAUUAAAUUCUCUACCUGGUUGCGAAAAAUCAGGGGAUAAAUGGAAAAAGGUAUGGCAAGACACAAUUGCCAAAAAUAAGGCUGCAACGAUCAAAAAUCAUAUUAAUGGUACUGGAGGAGGACCUGCCACUAAUUUGGAAAUGUCAAAGGCUCAAAUGGAUAGCAUUCCAUUAAUGAGCCAAGUGGCUAUGAGUGGUCAUUUAAAUUCAUUGGAUACCUCUGUAACAUUUAACUGUGUAAAACCUGCAGAACAAACAGCUUCAUACAUCUAUAAUGGAAACGCAGAAACAACAGAAGAGGGCAUGAACUCUGAACAAUCUAUGAAAAAACAAUCUGCUUCUGAAAAAUUAUCAGACAGCAACAAAGCUGCAUGGAAUAUGGUUGACCUUGCAUCUAAGAAAUUAAAUAUUAAAUCCAAUUAUUAUGAUCAAAAGUUGAUUCUUUUACAACAAAAAAAUGAUAUCCACAAGAACAUCCAUACACUUUUGGAAACAUAUGUUCAAAAAAAAACGCGUUCACGCGAACGCAAGAUACGUCGUAGCAGAGACCGUGGUUCUAAGGAUGUAGAGAAUGAUGAAGUUGAAGAGGUUCCCGUUACCAAAUCUAGAGAUAAAGACCAUGAGAGCGAAAGAAAAAGAAAGCAGCGCAGUUGUUCUAGGGACCGCGAGAGUAAGAAGGAUCGCAAAGAAAGUGAUCAUCAUCGCCGAGACAAGAGUAAAGAUCGCCGCGAUGAACACUAUAGAGACAAUUCUGAACGUGAUGACAAAAUUCAUACUAAACAAGAACCUGUCGAUGAAUAUGACAAUAGUUAUGACAAUUAUUACAAUGACGAGUAUGAUAAUGAUUACAACAGUCCUCAUGAUGAUUAUGAUCCAUAUUUGGUUAAAAAUGAGGAACCCGAUGAAGAAAAUGCAUAUGGAAGCCGUUACAGUAAUAAUGCAAUAUGAUAUAAUAGACUGUCUUGUACUGUAGAUAUUGUCUAUUUUUAACACAAAUAAAAAUUUAAAACUUAAGAAAAAUGUAAUAAUUCUUGUUUAGUUCAAUGUUUCAAAACA